UCCCGCGCGGCCGCACCUCCGCCUCCGCUCUUCCCCCCCUACUACGACAGUUGUUGCCCUCACUCGCUCACGCCGUCUUUCCCUUCACAAGGUCAUACGCUUUCCAACUUCCUCUGGUUGGCCAGAAAUUCGAUCUUCUACUCUCAACGGGAUUCCAACCACCCAGUCGAUCGCCCUUACGGAUGUAUUCGCAAUACCGCUAGUUCGUCAACGUUGAUUGAGUGCGCCCGCUUACUGCGCCCCAGUCUAGCCCCAGUUACCUUCGACAGUAUAAGGCUUUUGGUUCCAUUCAAGUUUGGUUCGUUGUGUCAAGGCAAGGUUUAGUCCGGGAGCAGCCUGUGAGGCUCGUCAGGGAGAAUCGCCGGCAUCUUCCUCCUGGCCACCUGCAGACUAUUGUGAGGAUCGAAGGAUGGGAUCGGCAGAGGCUGCCUCUUCACCUGCUUUCCCUUUUCUGGAACCUAUUGUAGUCGACGACGACAUGGGUAACCCUUAUCAAGAUACAGAUUUGGACUUCCUAGACACCGCAAGGUUGCAAGUUUCGUCCGAAGGCGCGGGGAGGGAUUUCGACGAUCUCUUUUCUCACGCUCCUCCCACCCGCCAGAACCGGGACUCCGAGCCAACAUGCCUGUCACCUUCCGAACUCUCGCUGAAACGGUCAUAUCAAGAGCAAGAUGCAAUGCGACAAUUCAAUGUGGUCUCCGCGGAGUCCCCCGCGGAGUCUCCAGAUGGUUCAACUCCGAGUUCGUCUUCUGAGUCACCACGGAAUCAUCUUCGCAAUCCGUCUGUAACAUCAUCCACGUCGGCAGUGCAUAGCGAAAACACGAUGAUGCCGUUUGGCUACACAACGGAGGAUUGGAUGAACCCGGAUCUCGCGUCGGUGAAGGAGGAGUCGCUAUUUGGUUUGGAUCUUUCUUUACCAAAUAUAGGUGGUCCGUUCCACGCAGAUGCCGAUCUUGAGUCGAGCAACAAGGCCAUGGAUGCAGCUUUCGAUUUUGAAAGUGCCGCCAGUAGCCCCAGUCCUUUGAAAUCCGAGACAACGCCACAGCCGAAGUAUACGAGAAAGUCCAAAUCACAAUUGCGGAGCACGUCUGGCGCUUCCGCCAGGCAAUCUGCCUCUCCGGUUUCCGGUGCAUCUUUCUUUGCUCGAAGUUCUAAGGAGGCUUCGCCCUUUUCGGUCUCUCGUAAUAUCAGUCAAGGAAAGUCUUCCUUGGGACCAUGGGGUGGCCAUUCCCCUUCAUCGUAUUUGGAGGAGAGUUUUGGUGGCAUCAACAUGAACGGUUCUCCAAUGAACUCGACGCUGAAUUUUGGACCGAAUAGCUUUCCUUUCGGCAUCAAUUUCGUUCCGUCGCCGUCCCCAAGCUUCAUGAAACCGGAAGCGACACAGCGACAUAUGUUGACUGUCCAUCCCACAUCGCUCAAGUCACGCGUGGAAACACAGAUUCCCAUCAGAUUGACACUUUUCCCAUUACCGCCUGGCGUGAAGAAGGUUCGCUUGCCUAGCCACACUAUCUCAAAGCCUAAGUUUCUGGCACCGCCGACUAUUGAACGUUCUCCGGAGAUCGUGGAGCUUCACACAAGCCUUGUCUGUACCAGCGCAAUGCAAGAACAGGAUAAGCUCAAGAAGGCUUUUGCUAGAGCGAGAGGCGAAAGUCGAUAUCGGUCCUCCAGCUCCAGCCCACGUGCUGCUGACGACGUUCAGGAGGACGACAAGCCAUUGGACGGAGGAGAAGUUAAGAUAUGCCCUGGCUGUAUACAGCGCGAACGAAAGCGGGCGUUCCGCAAGAAACAGAGAAAGCCCGAGGAAGACGAACUGUUUCAGAAGGACGAGGAGAAACGAGUCAUCGUGUUCAAUACCAACGAGAUUAAGGACUGGACGGAACCGUCGAAAAACGCCAUACCUGGCUAUGGGGAUGGCCAAGUUCUAAACAUUCCAGCAGGGGCAAUGCAGGUAGAGCUGCCGAUGCGAAUAGCAUGUUAUUGCAGGCAUCAAAAUGAGAAGCUUGGAUUCCAGGUAAUAUUCACUGUCAAGGAUCAUAAAGACAACGUGAUAGCUCAGGCGAUCACGAAUUCGAUUAUGAUUACGGACGACCACAAAACACAUGCUCCACCAGCUCCACCAGCUCCUGGCCCCUCCCCCUCUCUGCCGGAUGGCACACAAUUGCCAGGCGUUGGUGUCUUUCCCUCAAGUCCAAGUGUGGAGACCGGGAAGACGUCAGCCUCUGCGCAGCAGCCGAAUCAAGCUGCUUCAGCGACUGACUUGCAGGGACUUCAGCAACAGUUCAAUUCACAGUACCAAUUGCCCUCUAGCUCGUUCCCAAUCAACCAGUCGUCAACGAACGGCGCAGCGUCGAAUUUGCAAACACCACGCAGUCUUUCGAGACAGAACUCGCCGAAUGACUUUCAAGGGCCAAUAAGCAAAAGACGCAAGCAUAGUAACUCGGGAAGACUUCCCUCGGAGCUUACUAUGACCAAGUUGGAGAACACGCAAUCAUCGGCCAACGCCUCCAGCUCGUCAGCGACCAACGGUGAGCCACAGUUCUCAGGAGUCCGCGGAUUCGCGUCACCGGUGGAAAGGCCCUUCGUGACCUCAUCCGCCAUGACCAACCAAUUUCCCACCAGUCCUCCCACCCCGAACAGCGGAGACAACAAUCCGUUCCUCAGUGCGGCACUGCAGCAACAGAGCCUGGACAGUUUUAUUCAACAGCAGUUCAUGUCUGCACCAAACUCUGCUCAGCCUAGUCGUCCCGGUACUCCCGGAGGCUCUAGGAACAACUAUCACGAUCAGUCUUUCAAUCUGUCCCUAGGUCCAAACACAUCCGCACCAAUGUGGCCCCCACUCACCAAUGCCGGGAACCGCUUGCCCUCAGUCAUCCAUAAGCUCGUUCCCGCCGAGGGUUCCAUCACAGGAGGCACCGAAGUCACACUCCUCGGAAGCGGCUUUUAUCCUGGCAUGGAAGUUGUAUUCGGUGAUACUCUUGCCACCACCACCACAUUCUGGGGUGAUAAGUGCCUGAAUUGCUUGACCCCUCCUGCUCUUCAGCCUGGAAUGGUGCCUGUGGUGUUCAAGCACGAACAUCCCACAUUUGGCCAAAUACAGACACCCCAGCCUUUGAUGCCGAAGCAACAGCAGUAUUUCCGUUAUGUAGAUGAUCGCGAGCUGCAAAUGUACCGCUUAGCUCUCGGAAUCCUAGGACAGAAGCUCGGCAGUCAAGCCGAUGCGUUCCAGACGGCUCAGCAAAUCAUGGGCAGUGACAUGAAGAGCGUUUUCAACAUACCAAAGGAUUUUCAAGGUUCCUCAAGUGGACACCAGCGACAAGUGCCCGGUUAUGAGUCGCAGGGUAAAUUGAGCGAUCUCGACUCGAAAAUGUUGACUUAUCUCGAAUUUGUUGACCUCGACGACAGCCCUCGGCCGCCUAAGUACAACUCGCGCUCGGCGACUGGCCAGACGCUGCUCCAUUUCGCCUCGUCUCUAGGUCUUACGCGAUUCGUUGCUGGACUACUUGCACGGGGCGCUAGCCCCGAUGUGCAGGACAAUUCUGGGAAUACUCCCAUGCAUUUGGCAGCUUUGAGCGGCCAUGCACACAUUGUGCAGCGGCUGCGUCUUGCAGGAGCUGAAACCACUGCCCGCAGUAUACGGGGAUUCACGCCGGCAGAUCUGGCGACUAAUUUACCCGCACACCAGGCUGCGCUCAUUCCUGCCCGCCACCGCUCACGUAGCGUUGGUUCAUUGUCAUCCUCGCGCCGCAGACACAGUUCUGCAUCGUUGCACUCACUUUGGGAAUCUUCCUCAGCAUCUGACUCGUUUGACCAUGCUGCUGAUGACUCUGACGAUGAGGAGGAUGAGGAGGAUGAAAAUGAAUACACGAUGUCGCGACGGUCGAGUAUUCACCACGAUCGACCAGGGCCGAUUACUGCACCUGAACAGACACCUCAAGCGGAGGAUAAUAGACCAUUCUCUCCGCCAGCUGCUCUGGUUGCUUGGCGCAAUCAACUCCAGACUCAAAUCAAUCAGUUCCAACAAAGCGUGGCCAAUGCUUUCCCCAACCUCCCUGCUUUGCCGCCCAUGCCCGCCUUGCCUGACUACCAGGCCCAUCCCAUGAUGCGUCGUAUCACCAAUCUUGUUCCGCACCGCCCGAGUACUGCGCGAUCGUCGAAGGAUGGUUGGUGGGAUAUGCUAACGGGCAAUUCGACUCCUGACACCUCGGCCCCAUCUGCAGCGGAGCUGCCGUCAUAUGAAGAGCUUUACCCACACAAGGAGAACCAGGGCGGAGAGGAAGAGGCAACGCGUCUCAAGAAGGCUAGUUUGUUGCAGGCAGCUGCAGAAGCUGCCCUUGAUCAACACUUCGAGGCCCAGGCCAGCACCUCGGAAGCCGUUAUCGCCAAACCGGACAGUGAGGAGCUCAGAGAUAUUCGAAUUGGUCGCAAGGUGAUCUCUCGUGAGCAACAGAAACAUCUCCGGGAGCAACAAGCACGGAGAAUGAAGGGUCUUGGGAACGAUCGCAACCUAUACUUCAUCUGGAUCCCUCUUCUGCUUCUGGUCAUAGGCGCCUGGGUCCGGAGUUACGUCCCGGGCAUCUGGGAAGGCAUCUACAGCGGCUAUGAGUUUGUCAAAGCUCGAUAUGCGCAGCGCGUUCUAGAAGCUGGUUCUUGAGCAGUUCUAUCAUACUACCUGCUCCUUAUUCACGUUUACUUGACAUUUGUCUUUUCAUUCAUUUGAGCUGGGGCGUUCCGUCUAUUGGACUGGUACUGGUAAUACAACGGGCAUUUCCGCCCUUGUUUGCGUAUGAUGUUUCUAUAAUGAUGGGAUAUGAUGGGUCUAUUUUCAUUCCACCUUGUUUGUUUGUGCUGGCAUUUUUAUCAUGUUGUUAGAGCCUUGUCGUCUCCCACGGGUCCUGUACAGAAUCUAUAUAGCUUGUUCUUUUUUGGGCGAUUUUGACACAUUCAUUUUAGAUAUAAUGGAACACA